UCUGAGCCGUCGAAUCGAGCAAACCUCUCUGGAAAGCGCGUCAACCGUUGACCGUCAGUUCGUCAGUCUGCAGAGUCCACUGGUGCUUCGUAGAGCCCAUGUCCGCGUAACUUUUUAUACCAAGUCGGGGGGGGUUACGUUUAUCUGGUACUGGUUGUUCUAGUGGUUCGGAAUCGUGGUGUUUCACAAUCAUAUUCGGUGCCGUGAAAUCUGUUAAGUGCUAUGUAAAAAAUCAAUGUAUGAAACACGUUAAGAAAAAUCGGUAUAUAUUAUAUAAUGCCCGAAACCGGUUUGGUGGCCUAAACAAAAAUAGUUGACCGUGCCAAAUGAUAGCCUAAACAGUAUAUUUACUGCUGGAUUUAACUGCGCUGGAUAGAAACCGAACAGUCCACCAAAACAUGAUACUUUAAUGGUAUGUUUUGCCAAAAUGUCAAACGAUAAUACAAACAAAGCUACGUAAACUCGCAACAACACCUUCAUGGCUUAUGUUACAUAUACACAUGUGGAUGAUCGAUCGCAUGCGAGCAACAGAAAGUCGUCAAUUAAUUUAAUCAAAACCCAUAAAUCAAAUUUAAUGAACAAAUAAAUUUGCGCACGCAACAAGCCAAUAAAUAGAUCAAUAAAAUAAAAUAAAAUAAAAUACAAUAAAAAACAAUAAAAAAUUAUAAAAUACAGUAUUUAUAUAUCAUCUAUCAUCACGAGAGUGCCAUUUACAAGAUAAGCAACAAAAGAUAUAACGAGUGAGCGAGAGAUAGAGAGAGAGAGAGAGGAAUACAAACUGCAAGCAGCUGUCAUCUGACAUCUGGCAACGCCGAGCCUGUCUGUUUAAAGCCGUAACGGUUAUUGGCAGCAUUUUACUCACGCAAAAGCCAACGCCAAACCGGCUAGGCACAAGAGUUAGUCAAGAGAGACAAGGACAGCGACUGCUCAGCCAGCUAUACAGUGAGAGGGAGAGAGCGAGCAGACAACAAGCAUGGGAAACUCUUCGUCACACACGCACGAACCACUGGAGCGCGGCUUCACACGUGGAAAAUUCGGCGAUGUCAAGAAUGGGAAAUCCGCCUCGUUUCGGUUUAGCAAGAAGUCGCCCAAGAAGAUGGAUCGACUGCGACGCUCGUUCCGGGAUUCCUUUCGCCGCCGCAAGGAUCGAGUGCCCGAGUCCUCCAAGCCACACCAAUGGCAGGCCGACGAGGAGGCCGUGCGGUCCGCCACCUGCUCCUUCUCGGUCAAGUACUUGGGCUGCGUGGAGGUGUUCGAGUCGCGCGGCAUGCAGGUCUGCGAGGAGGCGCUCAAAGUGCUAAGGCAAUCCCGUCGCCGUCCAGUGCGAGGCCUUCUCCAUGUGAGUGGAGAUGGGCUGCGUGUUGUGGACGAUGAGACGAAAGGUCUUAUUGUUGACCAGACCAUUGAGAAGGUGAGCUUUUGUGCGCCGGAUCGCAAUCACGAGCGUGGAUUCAGCUACAUUUGUCGCGACGGAACCACUCGCCGCUGGAUGUGCCAUGGCUUCCUCGCAUGCAAGGACUCCGGCGAAAGGUUAUCCCAUGCUGUGGGCUGCGCUUUCGCCGUUUGUCUGGAGCGCAAGCAGCGACGCGACAAGGAGUGCGGCGUAACGAUGACCUUUGACACAAAGAACUCGACGUUUACGCGUACCGGCUCCUUCCGGCAGCAGACGCUCACCGAGCGACUGGCCAUGGCUACUGUGGGCAGCAAUGAGCGCUCUGUAGAUGGACCCGCGCUUCCCGGACCGCCUGCCGCCACGGUCAAGCCGUUCAAUCCGUUCGCCAUCGAGCGGCCGCACGCCACACCGAACAUGCUGGAGCGGCAGAGCUCCUUCCGGCUAAGCACCAUUGGCAGCCAGUCACCAUUCAAGCGACAGAUGUCUUUGCGCGUCAACGAUCUUCCGUCCAAUGCGGAUAGGCAGAAGGCCUUCCUGGCCGCUGCUGCCGGCAACCCGCAUCCACAUGCGUUGCACACUCCACAGCGCAGUGUAUCGCCCAUUGCGGAGGUCUCGCCGGUCAAGAGUGGCAAUAAUGCUGUCGUCUUGGCGGCCGAUACAGUUAGUCAGUUGUGCCAGGAGCUCAGCCAGGGCCUGUCGCUGCUCACGCAGACGGACACGAUGCUGGCGGCCGGUGACGAUCUGAACUUUAACAACAAUCGCAGCAUCAACCAGAACAUCAUUGCUGCCGAGAAGCAGCAGCAAGUAAUCUCGUACAGCACCAGUGGCAGCGGCAGCGCCAGUGGCAGCGGCACGCCUACAGCUCAGGUGACACCCUUUGUGGCUGGCGUUCCGCCAGUGCAGUCGCCAGACGUUGAUGCUGUCGAGCUGCCCAAUGCCGAACAGUGGCUGGGCCAGGUGGUGCGCACCACUUCGCCCGCUGUGCCGCCCAAGAGACCCAGCUACUUGGCCAAUGUAGGACGCGCUCAGACCGUGUCAGCGGGCUCCACGGUUGGCGGUGCAACUGAUCCCGAUCCCUUCGAUGCCGAAUGGGCGGCCAAUGUAGCUGCCGCCAAGAAAAUGUCGCCGGAUGUGCUGGGUUCGGGCACAGGAAUUGGGGAAGCAGCUGCUUCAGGCACAGGAAUGGGCUCAGUCAGCGCCAGCAGCAGCAACAGGCACAGCACGAAUCCGUUUAUCUCGCCGCCCAAGGCGCCAGCGCAAACAUUCCAGGUGCAGCUGUAGGCAGUGCUUCAGCGAGGGGACGACGGGCUGGGCACGAGGCGAUCCAAAGUGUGGUUCACUUGAAAAACGUAACUUAGUGUAAUGUGGCAGACAGCACAGAGCGUUAGAUAGAUUAAAGAUAAAUAGAAAGAUAAAGAUAAAGAUAAAUAUACUGCUAUUCGAUUCCAGGUACUUAACGCAAACAAAACAAUUGUUGAAAUAUACUAUUAAAGUACAUUAACGGCUAAACCGUUCAAUUUACGCUACGCAUAAAGUAAAGUUAACUACGCAUAUAAGCAAAACAUACACACACACACACACACACACACACACACCUGUACACCUGGCCACGUGUUUGCAUAACACGCAUAUUUAACAAUCAGCACGCCGAAUUAGACCAAUUUACCAGGUUACCCACAAGACCACCUUAGAAAAAAACAACAGCAAGAACAAC